UCUUUUAGGGGAAAAGAUUUUGAGGAAAGUCAUUUAGUUUUGUUUCCAAGAAGAUACAAUAAAUCUCAGAAUUCUAACAACCAAGGUGCAAGCGAUCAGUCCUCAGAAGGAGCCAGUGGCCACGGAAGUGAUGAUGGAGAUGGAGGGGACAAAAAAGAUGAUGGGGCUGAGGUGGUAAUUGAAGAUAAGACCGAGGCUAAGGUUGACCCUGCGGCAGGGGCCUUGGCACAGGUCCAUGUUCCUGAUGUGUUUCCUGAGGUGCCACUUUUACCGAUUCACAGAAACCCAGUUUUUCCACGAUUUGUUAAAAUGAUGGAGAUCACAGACAAGUCCCUGAUGGAAUUAAUCAGAGUAAAAUCAAGACUUGCACAGCCCUAUGCAGGUGCUUUUCUUAAAAAGGAUGACAGUAAUGAGGCAGAAACAGUAACCAGUUUGGAUGACAUCUACCAAGUGGGUGCAUUCGUGCAAAUUACAGAGCUCUAUGACAUGGGAGACAAAAUAAGAAUGGUUGUUCUAGGACAUAGAAGGAUUAAAAUCACUGGAAUCUUUGAUUAUCCCUCUCACAGUGAAGAACAAUCUGCUGACACUACUGUCAUUACAGAGGGAUCUCUAGACCCCACCCUACAACAAGGGGAUACUCCUAGCAAACCCAUCCUGAUGGUCUCUGUAGAAAAUGUGCUUCAUGAGCCUUUUAAAGUUACUGAGGAAGUCAAGGCACUGACUGCAGAGGUCAUCAAGACCAUACGUGAUAUUAUUUCGUUGAAUCCUUUAUACAAAGAGUUUUUGGCACAGCUUGUCGAGGGCGGCAAAAGAGUGGCAGAUAAUCCUGUCCAUUUGGCUGAUUUUGGUGCUGCACUCACUAGCGCUGAAACUGCACUCCUGCAGGAAGUUUAUGAAGAGACAAAAGUUCCAGUGCGAUUACGCCUCACCCUUGAACUGCUCAAGAAAGAACUUGCCAUCUGCCUUUUGCAACAACAGCUAGGGAAAGAGGUGGAAGAAAAAGUUAACAAGCAACAGAAGAAAUACUUGCUUCAAGAACAACUGAAAAUCAUAAAAAGAGAACUUGGCUUAGAGAAGGAAGACAAAGAAGCAGUUGGUGAGAAGUUCAGGAAUAGAAUCAAGGAUCUUAAUGUUCCCAAACAUGCUGAAGAAGUUAUUGAAGAAGAACUGUCUAAACUGGCCUAUCUUGAUGCUCAUUCUUCAGAAUUCAAUGUAACACGAAAUUAUUUGGAUUGGUUAACAAGUAUCCCUUGGGGAAUUCACAGUCAGGAGAACUUCAAUAUUAGUCAGGCACGAGAAGUUUUGGAUGAAGAUCAUUAUGGGCUGCAGGAUAUUAAGGACAGAAUAUUGGAGUUCAUUGCUGUAAGUCAGUUGAAUGCAACUGUUCAGGGAAAAAUCCUUUGUUUUACAGGCCCACCAGGAGUGGGGAAAACAAGUAUUGCUAGGUCUAUUGCAAGAGCACUCAACAGACAGUACUUUAGGUUCAGUGUUGGUGGAAUGACGGAUGUGGCUGAGAUCAAAGGACAUAGGCGCACGUAUAUUGGUGCAAUGCCGGGCAAAAUUAUUCAGUGUCUUAAAAAGACUAGAACAGAAAACCCUUUGAUACUUAUUGAUGAGGUGGAUAAGAUUGGCCGUGGUGUUCAGGGAGACCCUGCUUCGGCUCUACUUGAACUUCUUGAUCCUGAACAGAACUCAGGUUUCCUCGAUCAUUAUCUGGAUGUGCCGGUGGAUCUUUCCAAGGUUCUGUUUAUAUGCACAGCUAAUAUUACCGACACAAUUCCUGGUGCCUUGAAAGACAGAAUGGAAAUAAUAAACGUAUCUGGAUAUGUAGAAGAUGAGAAAAAAGCAAUUGCCAAGACGUACCUCAUUCCCCAAGCACGAAAGAGUGCAGGUAUAACAGAAGAACAAGUUGCUAUUCGCGAUCCAUCGCUGGCUCUUCUCAUCAAAGCUUAUUGCAGAGAAAGUGGCGUGAGGAACCUUCAAAAACAUAUAGAGAAGAUCUUCCGUAAAGCUGCUUUGAGGAUAGUGCAGGGUACUGAAGAAGAAUUGAGCGUUACAGAGGAGAAUCUUCACGAAUAUGUCGGCAAGCCACUGUUUAACAGUGACCGAAUAUAUGAUGAAACCCCACCAGGGGUAGUGAUGGGUCUAGCCUGGACUUCACUCGGUGGUACCACCCUCUACGUGGAAACUUCUUUAAACGAGUCAUCCUCUGGCGAUGACAGCAGAGGUCAACCAUCUCUUGAAGUAACAGGCCAGCUUGGAGAUGUGAUGAAGGAGAGUUCACGUAUAGCGUACACAUUUGCAAAGCAAUUUUUAUUGAAAGAAGAUGCAGACAAUGAAUUUUUUAGACAUGCUUCUAUUCAUCUUCAUGUUCCAGAGGGAGCCACCCCUAAAGAUGGGCCAUCAGCUGGCUGCACCAUCAUCACUGCGCUCCUGUCUCUGGCCAAAAAUACACCAGUUAGACAGAAUAUAACCAUGACUGGGGAAGUAUCACUCACUGGAAAGGUUCUUCCAGUCGGAGGAAUAAAAGAGAAAACAAUUGCGGCCCGCCGUGCAGAAGUCGACUGUGUCAUUUUACCCGAAGGAAAUCGCAAAGACUUUGCUGAUCUACCGGAAUUUGUCAAAGAAGGACUUGAAGUUCACUUUGUCUCUCAUUACACUGACAUUUAUCGAAUUGCUUUUGAGUCAUGACAUAGGCUUUACUGCGGGCGGAAAAAUGUUAGGGUAGUCUGUGGUGGAAUUUGAAUGUUCAUUGACAUCAUCAGAAGUGAUUCUCUCAACUUCCAUCGAAAAUUGACUGCAGCAUUUGCACCGAGGAAAGCACCACGUGCGUCUGAAUUUCAUGGAAUGUUCAAGUAACUAUAAAACCCCUUCUCUUUAGAAUGACAUUUUUCUAAGCAUAUGACUGAUUCAAAUACAACGAGAGUUGCAAGAUAGACGGCAAGGCUCAAAGUUGCUGGGAUCAGUUCCAUUUAAAAUCAAUUACCUCGAUAACCAAAUAGAAUUGACGCAAACUGGUUCUUCAACACGCUGUGUAGUGUCAUUAUGGGUUUAGUAUAUCAGGGGAAAUCAAUACAGUAAACUGAGAGACAAAUCUUUGACCAAGCACGCGGCUCUACGAUAGAUGAAUAACGUUUUUGUUGAAGUAGGGUAUGUUGUCUUUGAGUGAAAGAAAAGCCAUACAUGUAAAUAAAUGUUUAUUAGAAAA